AGUCCCCGCGGCCGAGGCCCCCGCGGCCGCCUCGGCGCCGCCUGUCGGCAUUAGCGCAGGCAUUAGCGUGAGCGGCUCGCGGGGCCUCGGGCGGCGGGCGCCAUGGACGACGAGGAGGAGACGUACCGGCUGUGGAAGAUCCGUAAGACCAUCAUGCAGCUCUGCCACGACCGGGGCUACCUGGUGACCCAGGACGAGCUGGACCAGACGCUGGAGGAGUUCAAGGCGCAGUUCGGUGACAAGCCUAGCGAGGGCCGGCCCCGACGCACCGACCUGACGGUGCUGGUGGCUCACAACGACGACCCCACCGACCAGAUGUUCGUCUUCUUCCCGGAGGAGCCCAAGGUCGGGAUAAAGACGAUCAAGAUGUACUGCCAGAGGAUGCAGGAGGAGAACAUCACCCGGGCGCUGAUCGUGGUGCAGCAAGGCAUGACCCCAUCGGCCAAGCAGUCCCUGGUAGACAUGGCUCCCAAAUACAUCCUGGAGCAGUUCCUGCAGCAAGAGCUUCUGAUCAACAUCACAGAACACGAGUUGGUCCCGGAGCACGUGGUCAUGACAAAGGAAGAAGUAACCGAGCUACUGGCCCGAUAUAAGCUGAGAGAGAACCAGCUCCCGAGGAUACAGGCCGGGGAUCCCGUGGCACGGUACUUCGGAAUAAAGCGUGGUCAGGUAGUGAAGAUCAUAAGACCGAGUGAGACUGCGGGCCGCUACAUCACCUACAGACUGGUGCAGUAACGUGGAGCUGCCGGGUCUCUUGAGGGUUUUAAACUUCAGUUUACUUGCUAGAAAUACUUGGAGUGCUCAGCCUCCUGCAGUCAUGGGUGCACGAGUCUGGAAGACUGAUCUCCAGGACAAAUGGGUUGGAACACACUGACUUUUAUUCUUCUUUUUUUUGAAGCAUGUCAAUCUGAACACAGCAAAACACGUAACGCAGCUUCGUACAGCAGUACAGGCAUGUCGUAACAAACACGCUUGGCUUUUUCCACACUGAAUUAAUAUACAACUAGAAGGGUGCCUGUUACCGUGUGAAGCUCAAGCGUAGCUUUUGUCCCUUCCCUCACUCGCACUCACCCUCACCCACCCUCGCACACACACGUGGUACCGCCCGUGGCAGCAGGAGAGGGCAGUCGGCCUCGUUCCUCUCGCUACCGUGGAAAUGACCCACUGGAAAAAUCCAACCGACUGAAGAGCUGUGGAGCUGAACAUCCCACGGGUAUAUCUAGCUCUUCUUUGGCUCAGUUAUAAACCGUUUGCUGUAAAUUAA